UCCCCAAUGCAUUGUUGACGUUUUUUGGCGCGACUUAAUUACUGGCAGAAAUCCAAACUAUCUGUGCGUCCAUUUAACUAAUAAAUAAGGAGGAAUAAAGGAGUUCCGAUCCGAGAGCGAAAAUGCCGGAGGCGGAUAGGGAGCUGGUCAGCAUCAGGCGCUUCCUGAAGGAGCGCCUCCAGCGAGACUACACCACCUUGAGGGGCUACGCAAAGGAGCGGUCCAAUGUGCGCCUAUUGCUGCAACGCACAGCUGAAAUGGGGGAAUCCAACUCCUUGCUGCUCCUUGGGCCGCGGGGAUCCGGAAAGACAACGCUCAUCAACUCCGUGCUGGCCGAUUUGCUGCCCAAUAAAUCGUUCGGGGAAAACACUCUCAUCGUCCACCUGGACGGUAAUCUGCACACGGACGACCGAGUGGCCCUGAAGUCCAUCACUGUGCAGAUGCAGCUGGAGAACGCUGCGGAUGGGAAAGUGUUCGGAUCGUUCGCCGAGAACCUCGCCUUCCUGCUGCAAUGCCUCAAGGCGGGUGGCAAGCAUUCCAAGAGCGUGAUCUUUAUUCUCGAGGAGUUCGACCUCUUCUGUGCUCACCACAACCAGACCCUGCUCUACAACCUCUUCGACGUCUCCCAGUCAGCCCAGGCGCCCAUCUGUGUACUUGGCGUUACCUGUCGCCUCGACGUGAUCGAGCUGCUGGAGAAGCGGGUCAAGUCGCGUUUCUCGCACCGGCAGGUCUUUCUCUUUCCCAGCUUGCGGCGCUUUGAGGAUUACGUUGACCUGUGCAGGGAUCUACUGUCCCUCCCGACCGGCAAUUCACUGUUGCUGGCGGCGGAGAAAAUCUAUAACCUACAAAACAUCCAGUCGGGGGCACUUUACUUCUCCCGCAACCAUUUUGACCCCGGGGAGUACGGCUUUUCGCCCAGACUACGCGAUGCCUGGAACAAGCAAAUAUGCAAAGUCCUGGCCACUCAGCAGGCAAGAAGCACCCUCCAAGCGCUCCAUGACUUCGACAUUAGCGAGGCCUAUCUCAAGAACUUCCUAUUCCGCCUGGUGGCACAUCUCCGACCGCAAUCUCCCCACAUCACAGCCGAAAAAAUGGCUGCAGUGGGAUCACAGUUUGAGGGCGACGACAAGAUAGAGCUGCUUUGCGGGCUCUCAGUCCUAGAGCUGUGCCUGAUCAUCGCCAUCAAGCACCAUUCGCAGAUUUACGAUCGCGAUUCCUUCAACUUCGAGAUCAUUUACGCGCGCUUUUCCAAGUUUGCCAAAGUGUCCACCACAAUGCAGGCCGUGGAGCGGUCCAUUGUCCUGAAGGCCUUCGAGCAUUUACGCAUCGCAGAGCUGAUCAUGCCGCUCACCGGUGGAGCUGGAGGGGGCGUAGGUAAGGUGCAGAAAGAGUUUGAGAUGCAUAAGCUGGCGCUGACAUACAGCCAGAUUCACCACUGUAUGCAGCGAUACCAGGCCCUUCCCACAGAGGUUGCUCAGUGGGCGCAAAGCUCUCUGAUUUAGCAGCAGAUCAGAAAUACUUUGUAUAUUUAUUUAUUUAAAAAAAAUUGUACCGAAUCAUUUAGUUGGUAAAGCCCUGUUUUGGGAAAAUAAACUAAUUUUAAUUUAUAAAACGU